CACAAACACACACAAACACACACACACGUUUCUCCGCAACAUCUGCCACGUCGCCUCUGAUGAUGAAGAGACGGGGACAGCCUGACGGAGUCUUCGCGGAUGUGGAACAUUUCUGCGUCCUCUGGCGUCUCCGCUGCACCACAUGAUUGAAUUUUAACGCAGAUCGUUUUCGAUCGUUCAAACCGGUGACUUUGAGAAGCCUUGAAACUCCGGUGCGGGCUGUGUGUGAAGCUCGGUGCUUCGUUCUCACUACAAUGUCCCAGACCAUCUGCGUGGGAAACUUACAGGCAUGCUGCACGCGGAGGGGCGAGUACGUGCGAGCGGGCUGAAACAGAUGGACGCAAGCCCAGCGACACACCGGAGACGCGCUGUGCUGCUGAAUGGGUGACGAGCUGCGACUCACGUCACCAGCCCUGUGAAACCACCUCCCAUCGCAUCGUGCGGGACAGGAUCCCCCCAGCAGAGCUGCAGGGAUGUACCAGGAGGUGGCCUUCCUGGCAGGGAGCACUGAUCACCAGUUCACCACAUUCCAGUUUAAACGCUUGGAGAACCCACAAGAGGUCACAUCCAAGAAGGGUUUGUUCUAUAAGCGCGCCCAGCUCCUGCUUCAGCCUCAGUCUCACCGAGAGGAUGGAGGUGAGAUUGACCUGGCUGAUGGCGCAGCCAUCAUCAAUGUGGGUGGCAUUAAGUACCACAUCCCCUGGUCCACGCUGGAUGAGUUCCCUCUGACGCGACUGGGCAAGCUACGAGCUUGUAGCAACGAAGCAGAGAUCAUGGACGUGUGCGAUGAUUACGACGGCAGCUGCAACGAGUACUUUUUCGACCGAAACCCGUCAGCUUUCCGCAUCAUCGUGACUUUCCUGGCAGCUGGAAAACUGAGGCUCCUGAGGGAGAUGUGCGCAUUGUCCUUCCAGGAGGAGCUGCUGUACUGGGGGGUGGAGGAGAACAACCUGGACUGGUGCUGCCUCAGGAAGCUGCGAUUAAGGCAGGAGGAGUACAAAGAGCAGCAGAGGCUGGAGGAGGAGGAGGGGGCCGAGCUCAUCUCACCGCAGUCCUGCGACGAGAGCCAGCAGCCUCUGGAAGGACCAGAGGAGACCUUUUCAGGAGGCUGCAUGCGGAGGCUGAGGGACAUGGUGGAGAACCCCCACUCCGGCCUUCCGGGGAAGAUCUUCGCCUGCCUCUCGGUCUUAUUUGUAGCCAUCACUGCUGUGACCCUGUGUGUCAGCACCAUGCCUGACCUCAGAGAGGAGGAGGAGAGAGUGAGUUCUCUUCAGAAAUAACUUUUUUUUUUAAAAAUAUAUCUUUCCAGAUCCACAGAUUUUAAUUGAAAUUAUUUAAAAUUCCUAACUGGUUUCCAGAAUGAAGCCUUUUUGAGUUAUUGCUUUGCUUUUAUUCAGUAAAAACUGCAGUGCGGGGCACCAGAAUGAUCUGUUAUUAGAAAUCAUGACUCAAUCCAAAGGUGGCAACUCUGAACUUUAGAAGAUAAGACAGGAUUUCCUCACUAAGUUUAGACAAACAGACAGCAGUCAUGGAUUCUGGCUCCCACUCAGGGCUGUUCCAGCAUAGCAGCAGAUUCUUUAUGAGGAACACCACAGUUAUGGCUUUACACACAAAACACAAUCUUUAAGUCUGAUGGGAAGGGAACCCUGUCUUAGGAAUUCUCUUUGUUUCAGUACAGCCUCAGGCUGUAUGUGCUGUACAGCUGCUACAGUAAAAUUCAGAUUAUGUUGAUGCAGCAGCCCACAUACUGAGGCUUUUUGAGCUUUAUUGUAAAUCUUCGUGACACAGACAGAGGCGAAGGCUCAGGCACAACAGCUCAGGCUUUGUCUCCCCUCACUUGAAAACCAGAUUAUUGCGAGGCUCCCUUCACAGUCUCUGCAUAUGUUAUUACACAGCAACACAUGAUAUAUGUUCUCUCCU